UCCGUUCCGCAGCCAUAUUUCAGCAGCAUUGAGAACUUCCACAUUGAUGGCUUGUAUGAAUGCAUUCUCUGUGCUUGCUGCAGCACGAGCUGCCCAUCAUACUGGUGGAAUGCGGACAAAUAUCUUGGACCGGCCAUUCUUCUACAGUCCUACAGAUGGAUAAUCGAUUCUCGAGAUGAUUAUGCCAGUGAACGACUGUCAAAGAUUCACGAUCAUUUCAGUGCAUUCAAAUGUCAUACAAUUCUGAAUUGCACCAAAACUUGCCCGAAGCAUUUGGAUCCAGCAAAAGCAAUUGGAGAAAUCAAGAAGCUUCUCACUGGUUUCGAGAAAAAGGCCGCUCCAGUUGCCGCACCGGCUACUUUCUAA